AUGGAAAAGAUUGUGGAAGUAAUUGAGGGAUUAAGCAGCUCUGAUAGCCAUGUAAGAAACGAAUGCGAAAAUACGUUAAACUUUUACAAAAAAAAUGACCUGAACAACACGGUGCUGUCUAUUUUGAAGUUGCUAAAGAGCCACAAGGACAGUCAAGUGAGGUUGCAAUGUGCGAUAUUGAUCAGGAACCUAUUCCGAGCGUACAUCAAGUCGUCAAAUGUAGAAUCGGGAGUGGAGAAGGAGAAGGGAGAAAACUCCCAACUAAACGCGGAGGAAGAAAACUAUUGGGAUUUAUUACCAGAUAAUUUAAAAAAUAUUGUCAAGUCAGAACUGAUAAGCAACAUAAGUUCCGAAACAGACAAAAUGGUGAGGAGCAACUUAUGCAAUAACAUAAUUGAUUUGUCCUCCAAGUUACUCGUAAAUAAGCAAUGGCCAGAAUUGUUAUACGUCACAUUGGAUUUUUGCAAUUCUAACAACAAUGACGUAUUGAUUAGUGGCUUUAAAAUUUUGGGAGGAAUUUUGAGUUGUAUCCCUUUCCAGCUGGAGCUAAAAAAAGAUGUAGUUUCGUCAGUCUGUAUGAAAGGGUUAAAUUCGUCAGAUGUACAAGUUAGAGGAGAAUGUAUCAAUUUAAUUUCGUGCAUCGUAGAAGAUAACAACUCUGUACUGUCCCUAAGUUUGAUGGUAAAAAAUAGUAGCUCAGACAUAUCCGUGUUGGAAGAAUGCGAAAAGGUUCUUCAGGCUAUUGGAAAAAUGAUUGACUAUAAUGCCAAGUUUUUUACUAAACAUAUUUCCAAUUUGUGUGACAUUUUGUUUAGCAUAUGUAUGAAGGGAGACAGCGAAUUAAAUUACGAUUUUGACAGUAGCUUAAAGUCGUUAAGUAUUGAAGCACUUAUUACCAUUCCGGAGAGGAGACCCAAAAUGGCUCUCUCCGUCCCCCAUUUCGUGGACAAAAUAGUGCACCUGUCAAUGUUAUUUAUGCUUGAUAUUAAUAACGACUCGUUUAAUGAGUGGAUGAAUUCGAUUAAGGAAGGCAAAGACGACAACCAAGAAUUGUACGAUAUAGGAGAAGAAUCGCUAGAUCGAGUUGGAAAAGCAUUUAGCGAAUUGGAGGAAGCCGAGUUCAUUCACAUUCUGUACAAUAAGGUGUCUGAGUUUUUAAUGAAGAAUACUUGGGAACAUAAGUACGUUGCUAUUAUGGCCAUAGCACAGACGAUAGAAUAUUUGCCUGAGGAUGAAAUAGAGGACCAACUGGAGCAUGUAAUAAAGAUGUUGUUGCAAGUGUUGCUUGACCAGGAUGUGCGAGUUAGGUAUGCUGCUUGCCAGGCCAUUGGCCAAAUUUCUCUAGAUCAUCAACCGUACGUUCAGAAGGAGUACCCUCGACAAAUAAUUACUGCUUUGAUAACCACCAUGAAUGAUGUACAUCUUCGAGUUCAGUCACACGCAACUGCAGCUUUUGUGAACUACGCAGAGGAACUGGACAAAAUGGCACUACUUCCAUUCGCAGACAUGAUUAUUGAUAUCCUUCUGCAGAAACUGAAUUCAUCGAAUUAUCUGCUCGUAAGAGAACAGGCCGUAACCGCUAUAGCAGUGAUUGCAGGAGUUAUUGAGGAGGACUUCUUAAAAUAUUAUUCCACCGUUGUGCCCAUGAUGAAGGACAUCAUUCAGAAGGCAGUUUCGGAAGAGGAGAGGACGUGCAGGGGAAAGGCCAUAGAAUGUAUCUCUAUCAUCGGACUUUCCGUGGGGAAGGAAAUAUUCUUAGAAGACGCAAAGGAAUGUAUGAAUGCAUUACUUCAAAUUAGUAGCACCAAAAUGGAUCCUGAUGAUACGGUUAAGGAGUACAUACAAGAAGCAAUUGGAAGGAUAUGUAGAGCUUUAGGAAAUGACUUUUUCCCAUACCUCAGCAGCAUCGUACCGACGAUUUUGUCCCUCUUAAGCGUUUUGCCCAAACCGCUAACAGAUGAUGAGGAAGAUCUAACCAUCACCAUGGUUUCGAAUGGUCAGUACGUAGGGUUGAAAACGUCUCUCCUGGAAGACCAGGAAAAGGCUCUAGACCUCCUAAUCAUCAUCAUUGAGGUACUGAAGGAAAAUUAUAAGGAUUAUAUAGAAGCCACCGCCACAGCUGUGUUACCCAUGCUGAAUUACGAACUGUCUGACGAGAUAAAGCAGAAGGCUUUGACUGCAGUUAGUGAGCUGAUAGAGGCCGCAAGAAUUCUCUCUGAAAAAACGGACAACAACAAAACGAUGCUGCAUGCUAUCUUAACAGCGGCUGCGGAAAAGGUUUUGAAAAGUCUAUCGGAAACGAAGCUAGAUGAUAAUUAUGAAUACAUCCUAGACGUAAUGAUUAUCGAAUCGAAUGGACUCUACAUGUGUUUGCAGAAAGCAGGUUCGAAUGUGCUUCCCGAUGGAACCCUGAAAUUAUUCUUCAACCAGAUUUUUAAACUGCUACAAUGCUCAACGGAUAGGAGACUGGUAUAUAACCAGAAAAAAAAUAACGAAGAUGUCGAUGAAGACGAAUUAUUGAUAAUCGACAGGGAGGAAGAGUUAGAGCAAAACUAUCGUACCAACUUGUUAGACAUUUUAGGAGUACUCAUCAAAUAUCACUCUACGCAAUUCCUAAACACCUGUUGCGAUAUUUGUAUUACCUUUAUUAACACGUAUAUGAACUCUCCUAACUCGGAGGACGUUGCCUUGGCCCUCUACGUCUGUGAUGACUUGCUAGAGUUUUUACAAGAAAAGAGUGUGUGCUUAUGGGAAUAUUUUAUGAAUGCAUUGUUACUAAACAUUAACCACACGGAUGAUAAGGUGAAACAAGCCGCUUGCUAUGGAGUCAUUCAGGCUACCAAAAUUGAAGCCUUCAGCAAGUAUGCAAAUGUAGCUGUGGAUUAUCUUUUAAAAUUAGUGCACCAGAAUACGUCGAGCAAGAAACCAAAGGAGUUCAUUUCUGCAAUUGACAACGCGGUAGCUGCUUUGGGAGAUAUUGUCCUAAUGCACACGUCCAAAUUUAACAAUGCGGAAGAGCUAAUAAAAUUGUGGUUAAAUAAUUUGCCCAUCAAAGAAGACGAUGCUGAGGGUAGACGAGUUCACAAAAAUCUGAUCGACUUAGUUUCGCAAAAUCAUCCGCUCCUCUUUGGUAAGGAUAAUUCCAACACUGCGAAAAUUAUAGAAAUAUUUUUAACCAUCUACGAGACGGACUUCUCCGACGCCGAUUGCAACAAGAAGAUUGCAUCCCUCAUUAAUUCGCUCGACCAGGCGUACCUCAGCAACUUGGCUUCUUCAGCCUUGACCAACAAGCAGGCUAAGAAGCUCAACCACAUUGUCAACAGCAACCGAAAGUGA